UGCUCAAGAACAACUGCUGGAGAAUUUAUUACACAAUACCAAAGGUUUCAAGAACAAACACCAGAGAAUUUUCAUUACAGUGCUGAAAGUACCCAAGAACAAACAUUAGAGAAUUUAUCACAUAAUACCAAAGAUAUUCAAGAACAAACACCAGAGAAUUUUCAUUACAAUAUUGAAAGUGCCCAAAGACAAAUGCUAGAAAAUUCACUACACAAUGCCAAAAGUAUUCAAGAACAAAUACCAGAAGAAUUUACCACAACACCAAAGGUGUGUUCAAAAACAAACACUAGAGAAUUUAUUAGUGUUGAAAGUGCCCAAGGACAACUGCCAAAGAAUUUUUCACACAACAUCAAAGGAGUUCAAGAACAAAUACAAGAGAAUUUUCAUUACAGUGCUGAAAGUGCUCAAAGACAAAUGUUGAAGAAUUCAUCACACAAUGCCAAAG